AUGGCCGCCAUGAUGUUACCUACAUCUUUAAUAGUAUUAUUUAAUAUAUUAUGUGCAUGCGAUUCGCUGGAACGCAACUUUGAGAAAGAUUAUAAAGCUAAUAGAUUUACACCAGAACUCAAUCAAAAUCUAAUUGAUCAAACAAAUGGAGAUAAAAAGGAUCCUGAAAAACCCAGUGUUGCUUAUGAUGAUAACGAUGAUCCAUUGCAUAUAAAUCAAACACAAAAACCACAAUUUGUUGACCCUACUCCUAAUCCAAAUCUGAUGUAUUAUCCUCCACCAGAGAUGCCAUCAAAUAACAAACCAGAUGAGGAUAACCCUUAUAAUCAAGAUAACCCAUACUCAUAA